CCAUACAUGACACUUCUGAUCACUCAUAUAUGCUCACACACAUCUCCUACACUCACUGCCUACUUAUACCCAACCUCACCCUCUCUGUCUAUCCACAACCUUUUCUUCUGAUCUUCCUUCAUUCUUUCUUUUUAGCAUUCUGCUUAUUGUAAACCUAUCAAAUUCUAAUAUUUUCUUGGUGGUUUUCUAUCAAUCUUCUGUUUCUUUGGUUUUAGUGGGAUUGAAUAGGAAAAGGUGCAGACUUUAUUCUUGAUAGAUACCCUUCUUUCUCUUCAAUUCUUGUGUCUAAUUUUCGUUUUUUUGAAGAAAAGAAAAUGGCAGAAGAGAAGAAUAGUAUUAAGAAUUAUAUGGGGGUGGAGAAUCAACAACUGAUCCCAGGAUUACCAGAUGAGAUCGCUAUGGAGUGUUUAGUAAAAGUUCCAUGCCAAUUUCAUUCUAAUAUGAAAUCAGUCUGCCAUUCUUGGCAAAACUUGAUUUCAAAUCCUUCUUUUUAUCAACUAAGGCUUAAAUCUGGUAAUUCAGAGCAACUUAUUUGCCUUGUUCAACCUCUUCCUUCAUUAGAUUCAAUUCAAUCACUUACCACCACCAUCGCCAUAGCCAAAAAGGAGGACAAAUUAGAACAUCAACAGCAGCAGCAACAGCAGAUCCACAGUCCUCCUCAAUUUGGCCUAAAUAUUUAUAACGCUACGUAUAAUACUUGGCAAAAGACAGAGUUUCCUGGGAAAAUCCCUAUGUUUUGUCAAUGUUUGGCAAUUCCUUCCGCCAAUAAAUUACUCAUUUUAGGCGGUUGGGACUCUGACACUCUAGAACCGGUACCGGAUGUUUACAUCCUAGAUCUCGCCGGAGCUAGCGGUUGCAGGUGGAGACGCGGAGCGCCAAUGUCUGUGUCCCGCUCUUUCUUUGCUUGUGAGGUGGUUGGACAAUCGUGGGUUUAUGUCGCCGGAGGACAUGAUAGACAUAAGAACGCUCUGAAUUCAGCUGAAGUUUAUGAUAUUGAGAGAAAUGAAUGGAGAAUUUUGCCAAAUAUGAUUGAAGACAGAGAUGAAUGUCAUGGAAUGGCUUUUGAAGGUGAUAAUAGGUUCUGGGUUGUGAGUGGUUAUGGGACUGAUAGCCAAGGACAAUUUAGGUCUGAUGCAGAGUGUUACGACCCUGAUAAUGGCGUCUGGCAUAAAAUUACUGGUGUUUGGCCUUUUUCUAGUACUAGUCCUAGAGGAGCCACCACCAUAGUAUCAUCCGUCAACAAGAAUGAGCAUCAGUGGCGGUGGUUCUUGGGAGGCCAAGAAGAAGAAGAAGAACAACAAAUACAUCAAAAUGAUGAGAUUAGAUGGGAAUUAAUAAGAUCAAAUCCAGUUCCAGACUGCGGAAAGAACCCAUUUGUGAUGAAUAUUGGAUAUGGUGAUAAUAAGAACAGAGUGUUUCUUGUAAGUGGAAGCAGCAGGAGAUCAGAGUCAUCAUUUUCAUGUAGUGAAUGUGAUUUUGAAGGAACAUUUAUCUUGGAUAAAGAUUGUAACAAUGGUAGGACUAAAUGGAACCAUGUGCAUACUCCUGCUGAGUUCUCUGGAUUUCCAUUCUCAGCUUGUUACCUUACAAUCUGAUGUGAGACUAACAAUGGAGUAAUGGCAGCUACUUGGUUAUAUUUGGUGACCUGCAAUGGAAUGUAUCUAAGAAAUUUCUUAAUGUAAAAUACACUAUAUUUCAUUAUGGCUCACCAAAGAUACGCUCAAGUAGUAAGAGACUUCGAGCAAUGAUUAGCAGGUCUCCGGUCUCCCCAUACAACCAAACUUAAUGUUAAGUGAAAACUUGGUAAUCAGUACAUCAUUGCGAAAUUCUUCUUGAGAGAUGGUUACAAGGUAAAAUCAAUCCAAAAAAUAUGGAUAUAAAUGCACGUGAUUUUGCGUUUCACUCUGAUAUUUUGCUUCUUUAGUCCUUUUUCUACUAUUUGAGUCUUCUUCAUCGGGCCCAUGUAAUGUAAUUCUUCUUGUCAUGUGGUGGUGUUAUGCUUAAUUUGGAAAAUGAAUGAAAUGGAGAUAAAAAUUUAAUA